AUGGGGCCCUACGACGAUGGCCCUGAUGACUGCAAUGGCGCCGACGCCGCCGCUCCCGGUAGCAAGGAUAUAUACGUCCAGCUGGUCCUCUCCUUCGCCCUCGGCAUCUCAGCCUUCAUUGGCUUCUGCAUACUCCGCCCGCGAUGGCAGACACUUUACGCUGCGAGGAAACGCCACACCAACGCCCAGAUCGCCCUGCCCGUUCUCCCCGACAGCUUCCUGGGAUGGAUACCCGCGCUAUACAAAGUCACCGAGGAGCAGGUUCUCGCAUCUGCCGGCUUAGAUGCCUUCGUGUUUCUGUCAUUCUUCAAAAUGUCCCUCCGUCUAUUCGCCACUAUGCUCCUCUUCUCCGCCGCCGUCCUAUUGCCUAUACACCAAACCUUCGAUAACCCCCGACAAGAACCGAAUCCACCCAAUAGCUCUUCGACUUACGAGGUACUCACGGUAGGUUACCAACCAUACGACCCAGCCGAUACCGUCUUUGUCUCAGAAGCCAAGGGCCUCAAGGAUCAGAGCUGGAGUUACCUCGGGGCGUACCUUGUUUUCACCUGGUUUUUCUCCCUCCUCACAGUAUACUUUAUGAACUCGGAAACCCACAAGGUCAUUCAGAUACGGCAGGAUUAUCUGGGCACCCAGUCCACCAUCACCGACCGGACGUUUAGGUUGACGGGGAUCCCGGAAGAUAUUAGAACAGACGAAAAGAUCAAGGAGUUCGUCGAGAACCUAGAAAUCGGUCACGUCAGGAGUGUCACUCUAUGCCGAGACUGGGCCGAGAUCGAUGGGCUCAUGGCUGAGCGACGCUCUAUUCUGCAGAAACUUGAGGAAGCUUGGAGUGCUUACAUGGCGCAAACGCCAACCCUGUCUCGAGGCGCUGGUGGCCCACAACCGAACGGCGAAACGAACGAUGACCGAGAGGAUGGAGAGAGCUACGCAGAGGCGCAUGAAAAUGGUCGACUUCUUGCCGGGAACAACAUUCAGAAUCUCAUUGCCGAAAGGGUACGGCCCAAAGUUCGUCUUCGGUUUGGUUUCCUUAAGAUGCGAAAUCGCAAGGUCGAUGCGCUCGACUACUACGAGGAGAAACUGCAACGCCUUGAUGGGAAAAUCCGUGCAGCCAGAAAGAAGGCAUAUCCGCCUACCGACAUUGCAUUCGUGACAAUGGACUCCAUCGCAGCCUGCCAAAUGGCAAUCCAGGCCACGGUCGAUCCAAGACCUGGGCAACUGUUAUCCAAACCAGCGCCGUCUCCGUCCGACGUGAUAUGGAAGAACACUUAUGCGCCAAGAUGGCGACGUCGUCUGCAGUCCUGGGCAGUCACUGUCUUCAUCACGUUCCUGUCAAUUCUUUGGUUCUUCCCUGUUGCCAUUCUAGCACAACUGCUCAGUAUCUGCACCAUUGAGCGGAUUGCGCCGUCCUUGGCCGACACUCUCCAACGACACGACAUCACCAAGGCCUUAGUCCGGACUGGUUUGCCUACCCUGGUGGUCUCUUUACUAAGCGUCCUGGUACCUUACCUCUACGACUAUCUUUCUAACAUCCAGGGCAUGAUAUCACAAGGCGACGUCGAGCUCUCGGCCAUAUCGAAGAACUUCUUCUUCGUCUUCUUCAAUAUUUUCGUCGUGUAUGCAGUAUCGGGCAGUGCAGCGCUUGCCGACUUCUGGAAAAUCAUUCGAGACUCCUUGAGUGACACCAACACUAUUGCCAGAAAGGUAGCCGAGUCGAUACAGAACUUGAGCACCUUCUACCUCAACUUCAUCAUGCUUCAAGGCUUGGGUCUGUUCUCGUUUAAACUCCUCCAAUUCGGCAGCGUGUCCAUGUACCCGAUUUAUCGCAUGGGAGCCAAAACCCCCCGAGACUUCGCUGAGCUUGUGCAACCUACUCUAUUCAACUACGGAUUCUACCUCCCCACCGCUCUGCUGGUGUUUAUACUGUGCCUAGUGUACAGUGUUCUUCCAGGUUCAGAGCUGGUCCUACUCCUAGGUCUUUGCUAUUUCGGACUCGGGUACUUCGCUUACAAAUACCAACUACUAUAUUCCAUGGACCAGCCUCAGCAUGCCACUGGCGGGGCCUGGCCGAUGAUAUGCCGGCGUAUCAUCGUUGGCCUCGUGGCAUUCCAAGUUGUCAUGAUUGCUAUUCUAGUAUUGCGCAAGGCGUUCAUCGCCGCUGUACUUGUCUUGCCUUUGGUGGUGCUUACCCUUUGGUAUAACUUCUACUUCGCUAGGCGUUUCACACCACUCACCAAGUUCAUCGCGCUUCGAAGCAUUAAGCGAGAUUCAGACCCCGGCUCUGAAAGUCACCCCGAUCGACUCGAGUCCGAACAACCGGGACACCAAACCCGUCUUACCAGGCGAAUGAGCACAGUGGACGAGGAUAGGGAGAAGGGUAUGAAGUUUAUCAACCCGAGUCUUGCUGUCCCUCUGGAACAGCCUUGGAUCUAUAAAGAUCCGCCGCCGCCGCUCUCUCCGGAAGAGGCCGUGGGUACCUCUAUCGAAAGUCCACCGAGCUCUGAAGGGAGCCGUGACUCAACGCCAGAGGGUAAUACACCGACCGGAAGUGUGUCGAGCGCUUUUAGUCUGGGGGACACGCACAUAUGGCGAGAUAAUGGCGACAAUAACGUGUGA